GAUCCAAACUUAAAGCGGAAGAGGUUUCAUCCAGUGUCUGUGGUGGAAAUAGUAAAUAGUUUGGCGGUGGCCCUGAGGUUGGCAUUGAGGAGGAGGAGGGGUGCAAAUGGACUUGAAUGAUUAAGACAAAGAAGUAGACACAAAAGAGACAAAUAAGAGGUAAAGAUAGAAAAAGAGAGAGAGGGAGAGAGAGAGAGUGGUGGCAUUACUUUUCCCAGAAGUGGAAUGCCAGGCCUAGUGGUGUGCGAGUAUGAGGACGUGUACGCUUAAGCAAAAAAAAAAAAAACAGCACUGCCUCCUUUGAAGCGCAAAUGUCUUGCCUGCCAUAAAGCGAGAGCCACAGGCUUGCAGCACCAGCUGCCUCACAUUCUUCUGCCACACAAGCCCUGAUCAUCUGCUUGUUCAGUCCCUCAGCUCGACUCUCUCGCUGUCUCUGCUCUCCCAGGACUGAAUUCUGGAAUUGCUCCUCACGGCACAAAAAGCGUCUUUUUGCGAAUUUGGAGAAUCUGAUCUGGAGAAUUGGAUAUUAAUUGGCCUCAGAAUUGUUUAACACGUUGGUUGGCUUAACUUGAUCUGAAGACCACCUCACUCACCAAGGACAAGAGACGACAACAAUAAUAGUCCUCUCCAACACAAAACUGCUUGUGUCCAGCCUGUUUUAUUUAUUUUUUUAUUUCCUUCGCGUGUUGGCAUUUGCCACUGUGCUAAACCGCAACCCUGGCGUUUCACCCGUUACAAACCACGGACAUGGAGGACCGCAUGGAGUUGAAGCAGGUGAGCACGGAGGGCGACGAUGAUAGCACGGACAGCCUGGACGAUCGCUACACAGAACCCAUCGAGCCAGAGAAGGCCACCAUCAACAGCCAGUAUCUUGACGACGAAGAUGGAGAGUCGCAGAAGUUCCUGGGAAACGGCAUCAUGAAGAAAAAAAAGUACGAGGAAUACCACGAAGAAUAUCAUCCUGGACAUGCCUCUUUCGGGAUGUCUGUGUUUAACUUGAGCAAUGCUAUCAUGGGCAGUGGCAUCCUGGGCCUGUCCUACGCCAUGGCCAACACAGGAAUCAUCCUCUUCUCGGUUCUGCUCUUUGGUGUGGCUGCCCUUUCUCUUUACUCUGUGCACCUCCUGCUUGUCACUGCUAAGGAAGGAGGCUCCUUGAUCUAUGAAAAGCUUGGAGAGCGUGCCUUUGGCUGGCCAGGCAAGAUGGCCGCCUUUGGCGCCAUCACGCUUCAAAACAUCGGAGCCAUGUCCAGCUACCUCUUCAUUGUGAAGUACGAGCUUCCCGAAGUGAUCCGAGCGUUCCUGGGACUGGAGGAGAUUGGCAGUCAAUGGUACCUGAAUGGCAAUUACCUCGUUGUGUUUGUGUCCAUUGGUAUCAUCUUACCCCUUUCCCUGCUGAAAAACCUUGGCUACCUGGGCUACACCAGCGGCUUCUCACUCUCCUGCAUGGUGUUCUUCCUGGGCGUGAUGAUGUACAAGAAGUCCCAGCUGCCCUGCCCGCUGCCCUUCAUGCUGCAGCAGCACCACGCCAACCUCAGCCUGAACGGCUCGGACCACGUCAGCCCCUACAUGCUCCACAACGGCACGGCCGUCAUGGACUUCUCCCGGGCCGACAUGAGCCCCGCGGACCCCCACGGGGCCACCACCGGGGCCUCCCACGACGUGCACUACGAGCCCCAUCCCGAGGACAUCGAGGACAUGUGCACCCCCAAGUACUUCAUCUUCAACUCGCAGACUGCAUACACCGUUCCCAUCCUGGCAUUUGCAUUUGUGUGCCAUCCUGAGGUCCUUCCCAUCUACAGUGAACUGAAAGAUCGCUCGAGGAAGAAGAUGCAGAACGUGUCCAACCUCUCCAUCUUAGCCAUGCUGGUCAUGUACAUGCUCUCUGCCCUCUUCGGGUACCUUAUGUUCUACGGCCAUGUGGAGGCUGAGUUGCUGCACACCUUCACCAAGGUCUACAAGUUUGACACGCUGCUCCUGCUGGUGCGUCUGGCUGUGCUCACCGCCGUCACCCUCACUGUGCCCAUCGUGCUCUUCCCCAUUCGCUCGUCGGUCAUCACGUUGAUGUUCAAGAACCAGGAGUUCAACUGGCUGCGGCAUGUGCUCAUUGCGGCGGCCAUUUUGUUUUUGGACAACAUGCUGGUGAUCUUUGUGCCCACCAUCCGUGACAUCUUCGGCUUCAUCGGUUCCUCGGCUGCCACCAUGCUGAUCUUCAUCCUGCCCGCAGGCUUCUACCUGAAGCUGGUCAAGAGCGUACCUCUCCGCUCCCCGCAGAAGAUCUCGGCGGCCAUUUUCCUUGUGGUUGGUAUCAUCUUCAUGAUUACCAGCUUGUCGCUCAUCGUCCUGGACUGGAUCCACAACCCCCCUGGCUCCGGCGACGGUCACUAAGCAACGGGACAAGACACAAAACAAUAGAGUCAAGGGCUGAACUCAGUGGGCCCGAUCUGCCCCAAAGAUUCUUCAGACAGAGUAUUUUUGUCCAACGCAGUACAACAUUUUCUGAUUUUUUUUCCCGGUCAAAAUACACCAUUCUUCUCUUUUGAUAAAAAAUGUGGCAUGAGCAAAAAGUAUUACACAGGGACUCAAGUUGAGUAUAACGGACUCCUUCAGACUUCAACACAUUUUUUUCGUUUCGUUUAUUUUCCCUGACAUAUUUUCUUUUGUGUGUAUGUGUGUUAUUUGGAAAUCUUUUCUUUUUUUUCACGGUGUAGUCGCUGAGUUUAGAGUUUAAGUCAACAGUUGUACUAACCAAGCGAUCACAGUAGUAGAUCAUAGAGAGGGGUUGAGGGUUAGGGGUGGUAGGGGUAAGUGAUCUGUGCUUCCCUUGCAGCAUCUUUUACAAGGCUGCAGGUUGCUGGUUGUACUGUGAGCAGGACAAAACUGUUGUCUUUAUGGCAGGGACCUCAAAGUCACAAACUGUAAUGAUGAGAGAGAGAGAUGGUUUUGUGUUUGAUUUUGUUAUUGUUUUUGUUUUUUUUUCAUGAGCUGCUGUUUCCAGUCAAGUGGCCGCAGACUGUUGCGUCUGUCGGCAAGGUUGUUGUCCUCGUGCACUUGAAGGUUUUUUGGGGGGGUUUCUGUACAGACAAAGAGCACUUCUAGACUGUUUUAAGGUUUUAAUUCAGUUUCACACACAUAUAAAAUCAAACACACAUACAAACACUACACACACACACACACACACACACACACACACACACACACACACACACACACACACACACACACACACACACACACACACACACACACACACACAUUUUAUUUAAUCAGAAUGUUUUUUUCCCCAAAACGUUUCACUCGAAGUCACAAAAGCUAGUCAGGAUACCGGAAUUGAGGGUAUGUAAUUUCUCCUAUGAAAUCCCAAGUGUGCCGACAAAAAAUGCACAUGUUAUACUUGACCUCUACCUAUGAACGUAGGUCGUUCAUAUGUACAUUGUCGCUGUGUCAAAAUGUAUAUGAAGCAAUGAUUCAGACCACACGUUUUUUUUGUGUUUUUUUUUAAACGGACACCUUUUACAGGAGUUCUUUUCUACACAGACAAUGUCACACAUUUGAAUGUUGUUAAACUGAGAAAAUCCAAUCAGAUGAUGAUUGUACGUUAAUAUACAGAAAAAAUGUGAAAGUGCUCGACUGGAGUAGUUCACCAGCUGUUUACGGCGGUUUUACUGUCAAGCAGUUGUGACUUCAGCGUGUAUGAGAGCAUCGCGUGUUGCGUAUACAUACAGCCGUUCUGUUUCACUGUGAAUUGUCUGGACAGCAGUAGUAGAAAUAGUAGAGUUAGCUGUUUGUUUUUAAAGUGCUAUUUAUUUCUUUCCCCAUGCUCCAUAACCAUUCUUUUAACAAUCAAACACUCUCCAAACGAAAGCGAAUAAUCUGAAAAUUCAAUUUGUAAUCCAAAUGUUCCAUGAGUUAGUCGAUGAUCAGCAUCGAAUAAGCGUAAAAAAUAAGCAUCAUGUCGAUUGGCAAUGCAAUUGGUUGCCUUGAGGAGGGGUUGUGGGGAGUGUGGAGUGGUUUUGGCCUUAAGGAGAAGCAAGCCAAAAAAAAGUAUAAGUAAAUUUUAAAAGAUCAUUUUAAGUAGUUACUCAUCAUGGAUACUUAGCGAAAUUAUUAAUGGUAUUGCUAGUAAUAUAUCUCAGCUUUUUAGCAAAAUCAUGUUUAAAAAAAAAAGAAAUAUCUCCCAGCAAAAAAAACUAACUGUGCCUCAGCUAUAUAAAAAAAAGUUGCAGAUAUACUGUAGGUGCCUCCUUGUCUGACUACAUGGCCUUUUAGAAGUGUAGGGUUGUGGAUAUUUGAACAGCUGGAAUGCCUGUCUCUUUUUGAAAACGGCGUUCAUUUGCAAAACAUAGCCCACUAUGUUUUGAGCAGAUCCAGCCAAAGUGGACAGUAUUUAUAGAUCAUUUAUUUGAUCUCUCUAUAUACAUACAUCAAGUGGAUAUUUCAAAUGAAAUGGUAUAAUAUUUUUGUGCAUGUUUUGGAUUACAAACAUGGUCUUUUUUGACAGUUGUAUAUGCUUUGUAAAUAAUCGAUUUUAUGGUACACCUAACUGAACUGUUUAGAAGGGGGUCGAUGGGGCAGGGGGGAGGGAGGAAGGGAGGGGAGGGAGGGGGGUUGUCGAUUACAUCUCUGGAGACUUGGCAUUUAAAGGGGUUUAGAACUUUUUUUGGUUUAGACAUUGAUGUAAUAUGUGGUUAACGUUUUUUCUAGCUUGUCUCUACAUAUAUAGACUUUAAAUGUCUCUGGUUAGUAAGUGGCAUGGCGAAAUGGGGUUUGACAACUUUUAUUCUUGUUUCGUUCUCGGUAGAGUCUCUGUGUAGUUUAUUAUAUCUUUCAGCCUAUGAUGGUACAUCGUAGUCAUGGAUAUGCAGAGCUAUCCGCAUGAUGUUGAUUGUAGUUGUUACUGACUUGACUCUUGAUGUGCAGAUUAUCCAUGUUGUAUUUUUUGGCAUUUUUUGCAUAUUCAAGACCAACGGUCCGUGCUCAUGUUGUCUGGCUAAAGGUUUAGGGAUAUCCACCUCUCCCAAUUGCGUACAAAAAAAAGAAAGGCAGAAAGCAAAAAAAAAUACAGAAACACCGCUUACAGAGGUGAGCUGUGUAGAAAUAGCUGACAUCACAUCCAAGCGGCUAGAUGCUAGAGACUGUCUGGCCUGGGAAAGAAAGCCCAGAUUACAGUGGAUAGUUUCGUGGGCAGACAUCCAGAACAAAGGCUGCCUGGUCUGGUAAAUGGCCCAGAUGGGACUAGUUUUGGGAAAGAUCUAGAUCAGAAGGCCAGACCCAAAGGUCCGGGCGUCUUCAAGGCACCUGGGCUUAAUUCUAGACUGAUGGGCCAUUGAUUGUCAUUGCGCAAUUGCCUGUACAAAAAAAACAAGGCUAUAAUUGCACAAAUUGCAAAAAAGGUUUUGUGUGUGCAAUUUGGCCAUAGAUGAGGGUGUUGGUGUCCUCGACUAUCAACAUCUCUUUUGCAGCGCAUUAUCCUCUCCCUCGAAACUGCCGAUAUCUGACCUCAGUCUCCGUCGCCCGAUAGAAACAUUCACAGAGGCAGGCCACACACACACACACUGUCUUCCUUCAAUUAUGGGCAACAGUGUCUUGUUCCCUCCCAAGCUGGGUGGCCCAGCGUUCUUUAUUGGGUGGGCAGCGACUAUCUGUAUUACUUUAUCUUCCAGAACCAUCUGCCUUGGGCAGGGUUGGUUUUAAAGCCAUGCUGGUACAGUUUGUCUCUUUUAAUGAAGGACCAGAGGAGGAGGGCGGGAAAGAUCCAGACGUCGGUGAGAUUCUCAGGCAAGUGUGGCGGCGUUGUUGUCCCCCACCCCCCCAAACACUGUCAGUGUUCUUGAAAAAGCAGCCAUUUUGGAAACAAAAACGCCAUGUAGACUGCCACCUCUGUCUCAGAGGAUGGUGAAGGCACUCACACUUAACACAUCUACACACACACCACACACACACGCACACACACACGCACACACACUACACACAACACAAUGAUAGCCAGAGCUGUGCCUUAAGUUAGUCUCUCCGCUGCUCAGGGGCAACAUACAUACACCAGGCAUUCCAUGCCACCAUGUACGUACACUACGACAUAACCUCGGGAGAACCGCAGGCCAUUCAUUCAGUGCUAAUUGUUUACACACGACGAGAAGAAUCAGCGUUGUAUUAUUAUAGCAUUGUAAAGAAUCCUGUAUCACCAGCAUGCAUGCUGUUAGCAUUGUGCGACUGAAGAAUGUGUCUAGCCUACGGAGCAAUAAGUGCCACAAGAGAAUUCAUCUUUGGGGUCUUUUUUUUAUUUUAACGUGUGACUUGUGUUGUCACAUGUGUAGGGGAUACGUAUCUGCCUUACUGCCAGUUUUUUUUGUCACCAUUCUGCCUGAAAAAGACGCACUGGCCCACCACGAUGCCAUAUGACAUUACCUAUAGUCUGUCUCCUGUGGAACAACUAACAUUCAUUUGUAUAUUUGCCAGAUCAAAGGGGAUUUUUGUAUCAGUGAAGCUGUGUCAUUUAUGUUAAGAUGAACAAUAAAAAAAUGUGAAAUGAA